GAAAGUAAUGAUAGCGCCACUAAGCACUAUGAUAGAGCACUUCUAGAGCCAUCAAGCCCGGGUUGUUAUGGAUAGAAAAUGUUGAAAUUUAUUAAGUUUAUACAUAGAAAAUGUCUGAUCUAGUAUCAAGUUGUAGAAAUACGAUUAUUGGAAAUAUAUUAAUUACUUAAUGAGAGUACAAGAGCUAUCAAAUUAUCAUGAUUUUCCUAGCUGAUUGCAAGUAUUGAAGCACCCUAUGAAGGAUGAAAACGCUUUUCAUUUUCAUAUUUAUUGUCUCCAGCAGUAAAUAUAUAAAUGCUCAAUUUGGAGAUGAUCAAAAUCGUUGGGAAAGCAGUGAGCAAAAGUUACUAAAGUUUGAGUCCAAGGAUGAAAGACCCCAGCAGCAUAAUUUCUUCUCAUCACGUUACAAUGAUUUGCAUCACAAUGAUAAUGCGCAGAAUUACUAUAAUUUGCAUGAUGGAAAUUUCAAUGGUGGGUUUGGAAAACAAUACUCUACAGGUGUUAAUACAGAAUCAUAUAUAUCCAGCGCUUUACCCACAAGGUUGGAGUUACAAUCGAGGUUAAUAGGUUUCAACAGAAAUAAUCAGAAAAGUGCGGUUUCAAUUGGUCCUGACGAACCUCAUACUAAAUAUAAUAGUUAUGGAACCCAAAAGAGGUUGAAUAUAACCGACUACAACAUAUUCAACUCGAAAUCUACAAUAAAAUAUCAAACGAAAAGCUCAACCAAUAAAAAUGUAAAGGCUGCGUCUGAUCAGAACUCAACGUACAAGAACAUCACAAUAUUAAUUCUAGAUGAAAGUAAUAAAAUUUUAAACCAAUUAUCAGUACCUAUGCUAAAUACAUCGCAUAUAAUAAUAAAAGCUUUUUCCAAUGACUUGCAGUCAGAGAAAAUUACUUCCAAUGAGAAAACUUCACAAGGACCAGUCUCAACUACUAAUGAACAAAAAACAAUACCUAGUGCCUUCGGGAAAUUAACUUACUCAUCGACUUAUUCUUAUCUAUUAGAUCAUUCUGAGACGUUAAGCAGUACUCCUCCUUCUCCUUUAAAAAAUAGCAGCGGUGAUAUAAUCAAAACAAUAGAACGUAAUUUGAUUAUUGAUUCUAAUUCUAAAUACCCCAAACAUUUUAUUCCUCUAAAUAACCAUAACAAUGAAGUUGUCAUCAAUAAUAAAAACAAAGCAGGAGAGGAGCAAUUCAAUUAUUUCAGAGCAACAUUGCCUGAAGCAAUUGAGAACCACAGCGAGCGAAUGUCAUCCACUACCGUUCAUUCUGUAGGAAUGAAUACUAAUGGCGUAAAAACGACUAUGGAACAGCAAGCCUCCACCAGUUCGAUUUCUCUCCAUCGUCAGCAGAUUAGUGGAACAGACCUCAAUGGACAUGCUGGUGUGAAGUUAGGUUCACAGUCUAGUAUUGAACCUACAAUCCUUAAAAUGAUAGGGGGCUUCACUGAGCAAAAUACAUUUCCAAAUACUCAGUCAUCGAAAUGGAACAGUGAGAAUAUAACGAAUGUAUCAAAUCAAAAUAACAUUGAUCUAACGACUGAAACUCCAGUAGACUUCUUUUAUGUCACUGGAACCAACAAGGAAGCAGUCAUAAUAAACAAGUCACCACCUGGAGGGCAGGAUUUACACUUGAGUCUCAAGCCAGCAAGAUUGGAAAUCAUCGAGGAAAAUACUGACCGAACCAAGAACGUGUCAUCCAAAAAUCAUUUUGUGAAUGUAUUCGUGCCAACUCUGGAGUUUACUGAGCCAAAAAAUAAUUCGAUGAAGGCAAAUGAUCAAUACAACGCUUUAGAAGAUAAAACGAAGACCAGCGGUAAAUUUAAAUUUUUACAAAUUGAUUCUAGUACUCAAAACGAGAAAAUUAGUAGCAUGCCUAUUCAGAAUACAGAGCUUGAGAUAAAAUCAAGUAGACCAGAAGGCAUGAACCAAAACUUGAAGAAAGGAUUGGGACACUCGGAGGCAAAUGAUAUUUUCUCUCAAUUUGUAUCAGUUGGAUCAAAAGUCACUGUGCCAGAAAUCUCAUCCGUGACAUUGAAAUUCCCUACCAGCAUUUCAUCAAUUAAUCAACUGCAAUCCUCACCAAGUUCUUUAGAAGAGGAGACAAACAUACUGAUGGAUAUUUUAUUGGGCCAACAAAGUGAAUCAACAAUAGCAAGUUAUAACAAAUACAGUACAAUGACAACCACUGAACAUCAUCUUAAUCAAGUAUAAUAACUGGAACCAUUGAAGGUAACUAGUAUGUUCAUUAAGGUCAAUAAGUGGACUAUCUUUCUACGUUACUCAACUUUCAGAAAACUAUGAGUAAAAUUGAAAUAUUAUUGA